AUGACGACUGCAGCUAGACCUACGUGGGCACCUGCAAAAGGUGGUAACGAACAAGGCGGGACUCGUAUUUUUGGCCCAUCUCAGAAGUAUUCGUCAAGGGAUCUUGCUGCUCAUACCACUCUAAAGCCAAGAAAGGAAGGGCAAGACACCAAGGAGGAAUUGCAGAAGAGGAAUCUCCGUGAGGAGUUGGAAGAGCGUGAGCGGAGGCAUUUCUCAUCAAAGGAUAAGUCUUACAAUGAUGACAGAGAUCGUAGAAAGGGUAAUCAACUUCUCUUGGAAGGGACAAAGAGGGACACUGAAGAUCGUAUCAUCCCACGCAGCGUGGAUGCUGAUGAUUCUGAUGUGGAAGUUAACAACGAUGAUGAUAGUGAUGACGACGAUGAUGACGAUGAUGACGAUGACACAGAAGCUCUCAUGGCUGAGCUUGAACGAAUAAAGAAGGAAAGAGCGGAGGAGAAGCUCCGACAGGAACAACUACAAGUGGCUGAAGAGCUUAAAGUCAAGGAAGAGCAACUUCUUAGAGGAAAUCCACUGCUGAAUAAUCCAACCACCUUUAACGUGAAAAGAAGGUGGGAUGAUGAUGUGGUCUUCAAGAACCAGGCUCGAGGUGAAACAAAGACUCCUAAGCGCUUCAUCAAUGACACCAUAAGGAAUGACUUCCACCGAAAAUUUCUGCAGAAAUACAUGAAAUAA